GUCCCUUUGUGGCGUCGAGCUUCUAGAAACGCGAUUCUAUGAAUCUGCUGGUUUCAAAUCUAGCCUGAAACGAGACAGCUCACUGAGACUCUACAAUCUUGAUUCACGCCUGUGCCGCUCACCAUGGGCCAAAUUAUCCAGACUUUGGCGCCCGUUUCCAGAGCCCUUAUAAGACGAUGUCUGAUUUGUGUCCAAAUGUGUAGGAUACGUGUGCGUUCAGUAGGAAAUGGAUUGGGGCUAGCUAACAUUAGACACGACAGGCAAGCCCUUGCCGACUGGGGGCCGUUUCUUGCUGCCUGGUCCGGCCCUGCCCCGCCUGCCUUGUCGGCCCUUGUUGCCGCGUUUCUCCACAUCGUGGAAAUCGGAACAGUUCACGAUUUCCAUCCCCUGCUCGUUCCCGUAGCGCCUUGUUCCGUCCCGCCACCGCUGUGCUGGUCCGACAUCGUCGAUGACCUCCGGCUCCGAGGGCGAGGCGGCGCCGGAGAACUUUCGGGUUGGAGCGGAAUCAAAAUAGGAACACACGACACCAAUGGUACACCCUCGCAUCGCUGCGUUCUAAACCCACACAACACCGGAAAUGUGAACUUUGUGGAAAGUUGAGAUCAAACACUCUCUAUCACAUAGACUAACAAGAACGAUCUCGUCCUCUUGUGGAGAAAAUCUGAGUUGCGAACCAGGAUGGCGGCCGCCGGAUUCUACGCGGAGAAGACUGUCACGGUAUGGCCCCCAACCGUGACAUCUUAAUGGCCUGAUGCUCGAGAGAUCGUCCAAUCAUCGAGCUGCGUUCAGCAACCGAGAUACCGGUGCUUGGGAAAGAACAUCGGCCCUGCAUGGCUGCAUCGAACCAAGGCAGGGC